AAAGAAGUUAAAGUAGAAAUGGAAGAGCCUGUGAGUAAGUAGAACCAGGCUUCUUAAAACUGAAGUCAUCCGCUUGCAUAUCUCAGCCUUUCAGAAAGGGCAUCUACUUCUUUACAACCAAGUUGAUGGAAUAGAACACUUUCUUGUAUCCUCUUGAAAGUAAGCUUUUUUUUUAUGUUGCUGCCUGUUUGAUCAUUAAGUAGACUAGCAAAUACAUCUUCAGUACCCAGGUACUGAAAAAAGAGAAGCUCUUCAGGGGAUGUGGAUGCAUGUGAAAAUAAAGACGUUAAAUUCAUAACACAAGAAAAUAGGUAGCAUAUCACAAAAUUCAAUAAUCAUAUGCUGAUGUUUACAGUUAAGCAGAAUACUGAUUUGCGUUUUCAGUGUCUUCUCAUGACCAAUUGUAUUGGUAUCCAAGACACAAAUAUUUCCACAAAUCAAUUUAUUACAUUGUUAAGUAUUUUAUUCUUAGGUUAAGGAACUUAGUUGAAGCUUCUUUUACUAUUACCCCCAAUGUAAUUUUUUUUCUUUUUGAAUUUGAAGUAUUUGACUCUUCAUCUAAGCAGCUUAAGCAAAAGUGAAAAGCCACAGUCGCACUCAAGAUGACCUGUUCUCGAUCUUAGAGGUGAGAAGGAAUGUGGAAACCGAGACAAUUUUCAUAGGAAUUGGAUUCAUUUUUAAUAAGACUAAUAUUCCACUAAGGAUAUAGAAAUCUGGGCUUUGUCAGAGGUUCUGAGUUAAUACGGUUUUUGGCAUUUCUCUGUUUUGAGAUUAAUUGUAUCAAUACCGUGGCUGCCAAAAUGUUUAGUGAAAAGAACCUUGUUUUCAGUUGAUGCUAAAAAUAGUGCUAAUGUUGGCAGAAGCACUCUGAGCCCUAGAAGCUGUACUUGUGAUUGAAGUUCACUUGCCAUCUGUUCUUUACAUUUAUUUUAGUAAUAUAUAUAUAUUUAAUCACUUUUCUCACACACACGCGCGCGCACACACACACACACACACAAACUGACUCUGUUUGAAGUGAGACACCAAAAGCACUAGCCAAAUCCAGUCAUAAUAUGGCAAUUUACAGAACAAGUUCCCCCCAUAAAGCUUGCUGUGCACCUCAUAUCUGAUCUGCAACACAUGACUUUGGCAGUAUUUAUACAGAAAAGUAUGAUUUGAUAUUUGCUGAAUUACUGCUUUUGAGUCUGAUGAAGGUCCACCCCUUCGUUUUCAUUUUGCUUUCUUUUAAUGGAGGUUAAACAUACGCCUCUAGAGUAUCAGUAGGGUUCCGUGUGUGAUUUUGGAGGACCUCUAGGAAGCCUUUAAAUGAUUCAGAUGCCUUUGUGGCUCCUGGCAGGGCAGUGGGUGUCUGGAGGCUGAAACACCUGCUCCCAGGAGAUAGGCAAGCUGAGAGAGUAGUGCUGUAUACAGAGGCUUUGCAUUUUCUGUUUUGUGUGGAAGUGAUCAUUCCAUUUCUAACACUGCACUGUUUUUCAGGAAAUAGCAGCUGAGUUUUAGGAGUUGUUUUGGAGCUGAGAAAGGGAAGCAGUAGCUUGUGGUGACCAGAGCAGCGGCAGAUGAGAGUUCUGUAUUUUAACACAGUCAAGUUUUUCAGUCAGGAGCAUAAAUACAUCAUUAGUAGCUAACCAUAAAUGGGAAAGAGAUGGCUUAGUUUUUAUGCAGUCCUUUGAGGAUCAUCGUGAUGUAUUUCUAGAGAGACCAUCAGAUGCAGUAAAAAUGUGCCAAAUAUCCCUUUAUCCUGGAAGUCUGGAGUGUCUCACGGUAGGCAGGUCACCGCGUUGUCCCUUUCAGCUACACGCAGCUGUUAUCUGGGAAGCGUCCAUGCCAAGUGCAAUUUCCAGCAGCACAAGGAACAUCCACCAGUGCAGCAUGGACUGGUCUUAUCCUGAUAUGCAUCAUCAGUAGGACAGACAGCCUCACAGGGUACUCAGCAAGUAAAACUUGUGUUGCUUUUUCCUUUUUUUUUCUCUUGGUGCAUAUUUGCUGACAAAGCUAAGGUUGUUCCAGUUUUGUUUAGCUGCUAGAAGAUUCCUACUUGACCUUUACAAAACAAGCCAUUAAAAACUAUCUUGGUAACAUCAGAAUCUAGAAGACGGGGUGAGUGUCAGAGCAGGCUGCAUGGCGAAGCGUACAUUGAGAGAGUUGCUGUCACCGGUCAUCCUGCAGAAUUGGGUUCUUAUGGGUUGAGAUGGUAGCAUCCUAAAAAAAAAAAAUAAAAAAAAUUAAAAAUCAGCUUUAGUUAUCAAGGGGCUGAAGCAGGCUUGUGCCGAUUCAACUUUGUCCAGUUAUUUUUGUGCAAACCUGUGUAAGUGAGAACCUUGCAUUUAUUUGUGUGGUGGCUUCGUGAAGCCCUUUGCUCAGCGGGCUCUUACUGCGGCAGAGGUUGGACAGAAGGCAGUUAUUGCUGCCUGCUGUGAUGUGGGAGCUCUUGAGUUGACAGGAAGCAGGAUGUUUUGACCUCCAUGUCUCUUUAUUUUCAUGAGUUGCUUUAUUUGAGCAAUUUCUAUGUAUUACUCUAUAUGAACUCUUUAGAAAUAAAAUAAGCUUUUAGUUAUCUGAGAACGUCUGAUGAGCAACAGUGUCUUUCAUAGGCAUUGGCUGAAGCAUCCUGUUUGCCUUUUCUUAGAUUUAGAGGCUUAAGUAGUAUCUUUAAGGCUUACUGUAAUCAGACUAUUGCAGAUGAAAAUGAAUUCCUGAUGGUUUUUUUUAAACGGAAUCCUCCUUAAAUAAUAUGAUCCUGCUCAUUGUGUUCAGCUUGUACAAACUAAACCUGUUGGAAAUCUUCAGAAUAGGAAACAAAGGCUAAAGUGCAGUCCUUGUUACAGUUAGGAGAAGUUUUACCCUAUUCUACAGUCCUAAUGCGGUAUAACUUACCCUUUGGUGUAUAUUGUUUCCUAAGUUAGUUAAGGAGCCGUGGUUGAAAAGGUAGCAUUUACAAGGAAAGACAUUGUGUGUAGUUUUAUUUUUUUUUUAACAGAUAGCAUAAAAUAUUGAUUCUGCUAUCAAACCUGUAAGAGGUGAGUUUAAAUUGUAGAAUCCAGAGAAUAAGAUCAGUUCACAUACAUAUCUUAGUUAUUGUUGUAACUAUUAAGUAUCUACUGUUAAUUAAACUUUUUUUCAAGUUCCAGAUAAGUCGUGCAGUAUUCUGGGGAAACAAGAAACGAUAUUAAUGAGCAUCAGCUCCUUAAUUAUCCUUGUGACUACAUAACAGGGACACAUUCAUGUCAUUUCUUUGUGCGAUAACUUUUGCAAAGAAGUAUUUUUAAACUGAUCAUUAAUUUUAUGACCACAGAAAUGAGAUGCAAAAUUUAUGCUGUUGUCAUUGGCACAAGUUCAAGGCACUACUGACAUUAUGUGUGAUUGUAAUGGAAUGGCUGCCAACUAAUGAGUCUAUAGACAUUUCAUUUGAGCAUGCUUUGCUUUUAGAAGUCUGAUUAGGCAGUAAUGCUUUCAAUUAUGCCAGCAAAUUGCAUUGGAUACAUUUACCUGAUGCCCAUUGUUGCUCUGUAGUUUGGUUUUCUAUUACAUAAAUGCAAGUUGAAUGCUUUUCUUUAAUUUAUUUGUGCUUUUGGGGUGUAUUUUUAGGUACUUGGCACCUGAAGAGAGGAGUAGUGGUUUGUGCUGCUCAACACUGACUCCUCUGACGGCUUAAGGAGUAGCACUGAUAGUUUCAAAUGCAAUUCUAUCUAGCCUUCCUUGGGAGGUGAGGUAUGAACUGCAGUGCAGCACCUUGAUGGAGGAGAAUGUGUAGAAAAGGCAGAGAUUACUCUGAGUGGGAAUGCAGGGGACCCCACAGAAUCAUCAGGAAGCCUCUCUGUAAACUGUCAGGACCAAUAUCCUUGUGUAUUAAUAGCAUACACUCCUAAAUUGUCUUUUAACCCUGCCAAAACCCAAGGCUGAUAGUAGCCUCUAGUCAUUGUUUCACGUGAGUACAAAAGCGCUGUGAAACACUGCCUGUUAAAGCUGCAGAGCACGUUGAGUCAGCUCUCCAUCAACACGACUGCAGCUCAUGAUAGAUGAGUUAAGUGUUACGUUUCAGUGCAUAAUAUAUACUUAAAAUACUUCUGUUUAAUCUAAAGCAAAAAAUGAAAGUUUUGGGCUUAAUUGAGUCCUGCAUGGCUGUAGGUUACUUGUGACUCUUUUAGUGCCUGUGACCUGUUCUUCAUGUUUUUGACACACAAAAAGUUGGGGUGCCUAAAUAUACUUCUGCAUGACAUGGGAUCUGUAUAUUUGUUCUGAUUAUCUUUCUCAUCUUUUUUCAUUGUCUUCAAAGUCUUCAAGCCUUUGUUUACAAUUUAACAUCUAGUGAAUACUUUUAUAUUAAAGUCUGUAAGGUCACUGCAUGUACCUUUUUUCUUCACAGUAACUCUUGUGGUGUUUGAGGAUUAUUUUGAAUUUGAAUAUUACAGACUUGGGUAUUUGUUUUAUUAUAAAUUCGCAUUUAAUGUGCACCUGAUUUUUGUUCUCCCAGAUACAGUAUAUAUCUGGGAAUGUACAUGGGGUGCUCUAAAUAUGUAUGCUAAUAUUAAAAAGCUUGGGUUUUUUUUUCUGGAUCAUCUGAGGAUUAUAUGAGUGCAAAACAGAAAGGUUUACUGGCUGCAAAACCCUUACUAUAAUUAGGAAAUGCCAAUAACGUAGCCUGGUGGAAGAAUGGGCUAAACGUGCACCUAUGGGAGCUUGCACAAAAAAAAUCACAACUUCUCUAAAAGAGUGCAUUGCUGAGAGGGGUAAAACCUUAUGGAAAUGAUUCUUUUUCUGUGUGUACUUCCCUGUAAGCCAUCCAGAAUGACUACACAUUCAGAUAUAGUGAGGGUGUACUCUUACUGUUCAAUCUGUGGCUUUUGAUUGCUCGAGUUUGUUGUUUGUGGAAAUGUUUUCCACUGAAAACACAGCCUAAUAUUUUAAAUUUAUUCUGGCACCAAAUGAGCGUAUUGGUGGUAAAAGGGCAUUUUUGACUGAUAACCCAGAGAUUUGAAGGUGGGUGUUCAUAUAAGCUUAGGUUCUUUGCAUUCUAGUGUCAGUAAAAAAAUUAGGACAGAAAAAGAGUGGAACAACUCCUGAGAACACAUAGGCUGUGAAUAUAACAUCUGCUCUUUUUAUGCAGUCUAUUUUGUAAUGUGUGUAUAUUUAAUAUGUGUAUGUAUGCACAGAGACUGAGAGGCAAUUGGUCUCUUGCAUGUAGGGGUGAAAGAUGAUCGUGCAGGUUGUAAAUAUGGCGUAAUCUUGUUCUGCUCACGUGCCCUCUGCUCUGUGGUUUUCUGUUUGGAUGAAGGAGUGAAUCCUGGAGACGGAUAAUUUACUUCUGAUUGGUUUGACAGGUGUGAUGAAAUGCAAAUAUUUUGAUCAGAUUAACACGGUAGCUGGAGUGUGACCGGAAGUCGGCUGUGACAAAAAUAGAUUGGAAUCAGGUUCAGAUUCUAAGCAGUAGUUGUAUGGCAUUGGGACUUGAAAGGAAACUUUGCCCAGAAAAGUAUACUAAAUUAAUGAAAAGAAAAUCCUAUUUGAUGUUUAGCAAUUUUGGGCUAUAAAAAUUCCAGUAAAGCAAAAAAAAAAUAUAUAUUUUUUUCUGAAAAGAAGACGUUGCUUUUUUUUUUUUGCUAGGAACUAGGUAUUGACUGAAUUUUCCAUGAUUUUACAUUAUUAAAUAGAAAAUAAAGGAAUAAAACUCUCAGCCAUAGCUGGACAGCCCAACUGGUUUCUAUGGACGCAGAGAAUGAUUUCACUGUGCAUGGGGGUUUAUUUGGGAGUUUAUAAAUUAGCUGUGUGAUACAGUGCUCCAAAAGAGAAUAUAUGAAUAGGGAUGCACGUCCGGAGAGCUCUGGAAAGCUUUUGCAUGUGAAUAUACCAAAAGGAAGUGUUUGAGCAAUUUUUUCUUUAUGUACUCCUUAAGAAAAUGGAGGGCUAUUUGAUCUGUUGGAGCAUCAGAGUUAUGAUUUCGGUUUGGUGACGGUGUCAGCUUUCAUUAUUGGAUAUUUCUUAUUUUCCAAAGCUAUUUCUUUAACAACAAAAACAUAAUCAUGUGGUUCAGGUUGUGGUUUCUUUUUAAUUUUCACUUUUCCCCCCCUAUAUUUCCAGUAUUUUUUUCCCCAGUGUUACUUUGUUUAGUUGUUAUGAAAGCAAACCAACCAAACUCAGAAAAUAUACUGCAUUUUGGGAAGGUGAAAUUAAAUUUAGUCUUAUUAAACAAAAACCUCAACUGUAGCAAUUUCUCUUUAUUUCCCAACAUUCAAUACGCUCCGGUCAGCAUCAUGCACAGUUCAACUAAUAAUGCAACUUCUGUUUGUUUAUGUUGUGGUAGGGCUCUCAGUUGUAUGAGAAAUUCAUCGCUAGAGUGCUGCAAUAAGGCACCCCUUGGGUCUGGGUGCUCUCAGAAGGCAAUCCCGUUUUUAGCUUCAUGGGGGGAGUGCAGCACACACUACAUUUGCAGACUGCCCCUAAUUAUGAUGAAGAAAAAGGAAAGUGAGCAGAGGGUGACAGAGUGCUGCCGGAAGUAGUUGGGUGGGCCUCUAGAAGGAAGUUGCUGCAUAUCCCAGAUCCUCUCUACACUUAGAAGUGAAGGACUUCUGGUGUUGACACUGCCCAUUUCUCUUCCUGACAACGUUUGCUCUUGCCCACCUCUUUGCUGUGUUUUCUUCCUUCCCCCAUCAGCUAAGCAACACUGGGAAAUUGGAAGAUGAGGAAGAGUCAGAGAGCUCCUUUUCUUCACCUCCUGACAGUGCCUCAAUAGCAUCUGACCGAUGUGAUAAAGACGAUGAAGCACAUUCUGAUGGGAAUCAGUUUCCUCCUAUCGCAGCUCAAGAUCUUCAGUUUGUUCUGAAGGCUGGAUACCUGGAAAAACGCAGAAAAGACCACAGUUUUCUUGGCUUUGAAUGGCAGAAGCGUUGGUGUGCUAUCAGUAAGACGGUUUUCUACUAUUAUGGAAGCGACAAAGACAAACAACAGAAAGGUGAAUUUGCCUUAGAGGGCUACACCAUCAGAAUGAAUAAUAGCCUUCGGAAGGAUGCAAAGAAAGAUUGCUGUUUUGAAAUCUCCGCUCCUGAUAAGCGCAUUUAUCAGUUUACAGCUGCCACUCCCAAAGAAGCAGAGGAAUGGGUACAGCAAGUGAAAUUUGUAAUUCAAGAUAUGGAAUCUACUACUAUUCCUGAGGAAGAGGAGGAAUAUGAUGAUGUUGGACAUGCAAGCGGUGAGCCAAUAGAUGACAGCAUUUAUGAAGAACUUCCAGAAGAAAAUGCUCCUCCAAAGACCGAAAUGCCAAGGAAAUGGAGCCAGGAGAAAGUAGCCACUGCUUCAGAUGGGAAAAAUACCGAUUAUGCCAAUUUCUAUCAGGGUCUGUGGGACUGCACCGGAGAUGUACCUGAUGAGCUGACAUUUAAGCGUGGUGAUGUUAUCUACAUUCUCAGCAAGGAGUACAAUAGAUUUGGCUGGUGGGUAGGAGAAAUGAAGGGAACCAUUGGCUUGGUGCCUAAAGCCUACAUAAUGGAGAUGUAUGAUAUUUGAGAGGCCUGGGAGAAGCCUGCGCUUGAAAUCGGGACUGGUGUGCAGCUGCAGUUUACAGACCUGACCUCUGAAAGAUGAAGAUCCUGCCGUACGCGUUUUGUGGUUUCAGUGAACGUGGUCAGAUGGUAGCCUUGUAUAUAUUAAACAUUAAAAACUGCAAUUGAUCACAA